CUUGACGCGAGCCUAUAAAGAGACGCGCACUAUUCAGCGGUUCGUCCGUCAUGGAGCCGCCGGAACUGGAGUCGAGCGCGAGCGUUGCGGUGUUCACCGUGCUCGCAAUCCUGCUGGCCGCCGCAGCCAUCCUCCUCCGCCGGAGGGAGGAGGCCCGCGCACACGAUGAGCCUUCGUCCAGACAGGCUGGCCCACAACCAGAAGCAGUUUCAACAGUAGAUCCAGAACCUGUCCAAAAGUCAAAAUCUCAUACCAGAGCAGCCUCUGCACCAGAAGAUGAUCUUCUUCAACCAGUUUGUCGAUCAGAACCUCUUACAGAAUUGGCGUCUAUUCCAGACCCUCUUUUAAAAUCGCUUUUUCCCGACCCUGUCAAAGAAUUCUGCUUUGUUAGAGAACCAUUUUCUGAAUCGGACUCUCCUUUAGCAUCGACUUCAGGUCCAGAAACUGCCCCUCAGCCAGAAGCCAUCACAAAGGAAAAAACAGUUCCACUUCAAGAAAAUAGUCCUCAGCUAGAACCUGUACGAGAAACACUUGUUGCUCCAGAACCAGUUCCAGAAACCGUUCCUCAGCUGGAGCCUGUACAUGAAACACUUGUGGGACCAAAACCAUUUCAAGAAACUAUUCCUGUGCCAGAACCUCAACGUGAAACACUUGUACCAGCAGAACCAGUUUUAGAAACAGUUACUCAGCGAGAAUCUGCCAUAGAAAAAUGUUAUGCUGUGAAAGAAGUUGCCCAGUCCACAAUAAAACCUGUAGCGGAACAACUUUCAAUUCGAGAACCCAUGUCUGAACAAGGACUGCAAGCUGUAGUCCUAGUUUCUGAACCAUUAACCGUAGCACAGCUGAUUCCAGGACAAGAGUCCCGCUCAAAGCCAGUUUCAGACCUACAACCGGUUAUUCGGUCAGAAUCGGAACCUAAAGAGUUUUUACAGGUGGCGGCUGAACGGCUUUUGGGACCCGGGGAGGAAUCUGUGUUCGCGCAGUUUCCCGAAUCCUACCAGGAGAAGCCAGCAACUCCCAAACCUGUUGCUGAGCGAGCAGCUGAUGACCCUGUGCCACAAGCAGAACAGGAACCACAACCAGAGCUUUAUGGUGCUGCAGCCGAAGAUGACAAAGUGACAUUCGUGCCCGGAAAGAAAGCCAACAAGUUUGAGAUGCUAAUGAGCGAGGAGGAAUUGGAGCAGGAGCAAAGGGUGCAACAGGAGCAGUUGGCGGCCAUCUUCUUGCUCCUGAGGGAGAACGCGGAGGCUCUGGGUGAGGUGACGGAGGGUGACAUGGAGGAGCAGUUCAAGCUCUACUCGCUGUGACCAUGGCAACCACGCCGUCAAAGUCCAUAAGGCUCCACACUAUGGGAAACCGGGUGGUUUCGUCCAUCCUGUUGGUUUGGUGGCUGCGCAGCUGUCGGACCGCUCCGGGUUUGAGUCCGCUCCACUUUUAUGGCCUCCUUGUUUGCAAAGUAGAAAGUAAAAGUUUCUUUUUUA